AUGGCUGUUCCAAGCUGGCUCUGGAGGCACGCCUUGGCCUACUCAGCCGUUCUUUCGUCACUCCUUAACCCUACUCACGCCGCUCCUUCUACUCCUCUUUCUGCAACCAACUAUGUUGCCAACUCCGUCACAGCCAUUCGAGAGCUGAAUAAUGCAUGGUACGAUACCGAGACUGGUCUCUGGAACAGUGCCUGGUGGAACAGUGGCAAUGCCUUCACCAUCUUGGCCGACUUUGCACAGCUGAGACUUAAUGAGGCCAACCAGCUCAACGUUGGUGGCUUUCUUCGCAACACCUAUAAUCAGGCUCAGUUAACCACUGUUAACGUCGCCAAGGUUGUGAAUGCCGUGGGUCUUCCCACGUCUACCCAUUGCAUUAAUGGCAAAGGGUGCCAUGCCACCGUCUCCUCCUCAUCUCUCGAAAAACGGGGGUUUGCUGAUUUCCUCGAUGACUUCUAUGAUGAUGAGGGAUGGUGGGCUCUUGGCCUGAUUCAUGCCCAUGAUGCCACUGGGGACCAGGACUACCUCGAUUCAGCCAUCGAAAUCUUCAACGAUAUGCAAACCGGCGCAGGAACUCCCUGUGGUGGAGGCAUCUACUGGAGCAAAGACCGCACCUAUGUCAACGCUAUCGCUAACGAACUGUAUCUUUCUGUUGCCGCUUCCCUUGCCAACCGUGUACCCUCCAAUACCACCUAUCUUCAGUUGGCAAAGGCUCAGUGGAAGUGGUUCCAGGGCAGCGGCAUGAUCAACUCCAACAGCCUCAUCAACGACGGUCUCGACUCCAACUGCAAGAACAACGGGCUGACCACCUGGUCCUAUAACCAGGGCGUUAUCCUCGGUGGUCUAAGCGAGCUCGCCCGUGCUACCGGAGAACCAUCUUACCUCGCCACCGCCGCUGCCAUUGCUAAUGCCGCUAUCAACACCCUUUCAAAUUCGAAUGGCAUCCUGGUCGAGGCGGACCACUGCGAGCUUGCAUCAGGCAACUGUGGCCUGGAUGGCCAGCAGUUCAAGGGCGUCUUUAUACGCAACCUCCGAUACCUCAAUGACUUGGCCCCGAACGAUAACUUUAAGAAUUUCAUCCUUCGCAAUGCUCAAUCCAUAUGGAACAACGAUCGCAACAGCGACAAUAUGCUCGGCGUCGCCUGGGCGGGCCCAUAUGUGGCGGCUACGGGGCCGUCCCACAGCAGUGCUCUAGACGCCCUAGUGGCGGCGAUUGCUGUUUCAUAA